ACAUUAUUGUUCCGCUAAACGAUAGUCAACUUCAUUCUCCAAAUCUUCUUGAUUACUGACACUCAAUACUCAAGUCUUCGUAUCACAGCGCAUUCACACAGUCUACAAGUACAAGACUUGGAAAGAUUAUAUAUUUAUAUAUUCGUUCUUGGAAGCCUUAUGAUCCCAUCUUAAUUAACUUCUUGCCAGAAAUAUGAAUAGAUUUACUCAAACUGCUGUGUUCUUGGUGAUUUUGCUCUACUCAAACUCAGGAGAGGUUAGAGGAACAAGCUUGAUCAGAUGCAAACAAGUUGAAAGAGAAGCACUACUCAAGUUUAAAGAUGGUCUGGAUUCUACUCCUCUUCUUUCUUCCUGGGGCAGUGAAGAACACAAAAGAGAGUGCUGCAACUGGGUUGGAAUUCACUGCCACAACAAAUCUGGUCAUGUCACCAAGCUCCACCUCUCUCCUUCAACUUUUGGUGAAAGUGAUGAUGAGUACUACACAUUGCCUCUUUCAGGUAAAUAUAUCAGUUCUUCAUUGGUUGAGUUGCAGAAUUUGAGAUAUUUUCAGCUCAGUCACACUGAGUUGAAUGUCACAUUCCCAAGUUUUAUUGCUAAUCUCACCAGACUAUCAUACCUUGAUCUUUCUGCCAACUUCAUGAGUGGGAAAAUCCCACCUCAGUUUGGAAACCUUUCAAGGUUGCAGUUUCUUGAUCUUAGCUCUAAUAAUUUGAUCAUAACAAACUUGGAUUGGCUUUCUUCCCUUUCUUCUUUGAGACAGCUUGACUUGAGUGGAUCAAACUUGAGUGAAGCCAAGAACUGGAUUCAACCAAUAGGCAAACUUUCUCACCUAACAAAUUUGAAGCUGAGUGGUUGCAGUCUUCAAACUCCAACACCUCCAUUUCUGUCCAUUUUGAACUCAUCAACAUCUCUUUCCAGUCUUGAUCUUUCUUUGAAUGAACUAUCUGUUUCUAGUCAACAAUGGUUGUAUAGCUUCAUGCCCAACCUUCUCCAUCUUGAUCUUACUGGUAACAAGUUGAGUUAUCUUCCACAAGAUUUUGGAGAUUUGACACCUUCUUUGACAUACCUUGAUCUUUCUUCUAAUCACAUAGAAAGUACUAUUCCAAAUACUUUUGUAAACAUGACUUCCCUUGAAUACAUUUCCCUUAGUGGUAAUCUCUUAAAGGGUAACAUUCCUAAUGGUUUUGGGAACAUGGUUUCACUCACAUAUCUUGAUCUGAGUUUUAAUCAGUUAGAAAAUUCUAUUCCAAAUGAUUUUGGGAACAUGACUGCCCUAGAAUCUAUUGAUCUUACCUUUAACAAUCUCAGAGGUGAAAUAACCAGAUUUAUUGUCAAAGAAACACAACUCUUAUCUUUGACAGAGCUGUGGCUUCAGUCAAAUCAAUUGCAUGGACUUGUGCCUGAAAGUAUUUCCAGUCUGAGUAAUUUGGAGAUUUUGGAUCUAUCUGUGAACUCAUUUGAAGGUGUGAUUAGUGAAGCUCAUUUCUCAAACCUCUCAAUGCUAUAUCAUCUGGAUUUAUCAUCUAAUAAACACCUGCAAUUCAAUGUCUCAUCUGACUGGAUUCCUCCUUUUACUUUACAAAAGCUUGGGCUCAGGAGCUGUGAGCUGGGGACUCAGUUUCCAAAGUGGCUGAAAACUCAAAACAGCCUCUGGCAAAUAGAUAUCUCCAGCUCAGGAAUCUCACAAUCCAUACCUAAAUGGUUUUGGAAUCUCACUACUUCAUUAUCUUUUGUGAAUGUUUCUAACAACCAAAUUAGUGGAGCUAUAGAGGAAUUUCACCCAUCAGAAAUGAGAUUUGAUGAUGUUGAUUUGAGCUCAAAUCUCUUUCAUGGUCCAGUACCAAUGUUUCUAUUCAGAGUGAGAACAUUAUAUCUUUCCAAAAACAAAUUCUCAAGUCUAAACUCCAUGUGUAAAAUCACUUAUCAUUACUUGAACAUUCUUGAUAUCUCUGAUAAUCAAUUGAUUGGAGAUCUUCCAAACUGUUUGUCAAAACUCAAAGACAUAGAAUAUCUCAUUCUGUCAAACAACAAGCUAUCAGGAGAAAUUCCCAGCUCUAUUGGCAACUUAUCAUUGAUUAAAUCACUGCAUUUGAGUAACAACAAUUUUAGUGGGAAACUGCCUUCUUCCAUGGAAAAAUGUGGAGAAUUGCAGGCUCUUGAUGUUGGACAAAACAGAUUCAUGGGGCCAAUACCUUUGUGGAUAGGAACAAGUCUUCAAAAGCUUGUUAUUCUCAGCUUCAGAUCCAAUCAUUUUGAUCAAAACAUGCCCCUAAAUCUCUGUCAAUUGCUGCAUCUUCAAGUGUUGGACCUUUCUUUCAAUAACAUCUCUGGAAGCAUACCAAGUUGUAUUGGUAACCUUAAAUCAAUGAAAGUAAAUGAAGGUCUCAGUUCUAUUUUUCUCAGAACUAAUACUUAUGCUUUCAAUAGUACAAUGACAGACUAUAGUGAACAACUUUUCUUGACUUGGAAAGGAACUUUGUCUCGGUAUGAAAAUACUCUUGGACUUGUGAAGGUUAUAGAUCUUUCUAGCAACAUUUUGACAGGAGAAAUUCCAGCAGAAAUCUUUGAGCUCAAUGGUUUGGUGUCUUUGAACUUGUCAAGAAACAAUCUAAGUGGAAAAAUUCCUACAGAGAUUGGUCAGUUGGUUUCUUUGGAUGCUCUUGAUUUGUCAAGGAACCACUUUUCUGGGAAAAUUCCUUCGAGUCUUUCGAAAGUGGAUCGUCUCAACACAUUAGACUUGUCCAACAAUAACUUGUCUGGGAAAAUUCCAACAGGCCCUCAACUCCAAACUCGAGAUGAAGCUGCGUAUGUUGGGAAUCCUGAACUGUGUGGAUCUCCACUUCAUAAGAAAUGUUUAGAUGAAGAAGAAGAACAUCAGAUUCAGGUUGGUGAUCAUGUAGAAAAUGAAGAUGAUGAGUUUAUAACCAUGGGAUUUUUUAUCAGCUUAGCACUUGGUUUUAUUGUUGGAUUUUGGGGUGUCUGUUUCACUUUGAUCUUCAACAAGUCUUGGAGAUAUGCAUUUUUCAAGUUCUUGGAUGUAGAAAAUUGGAUCAAACCUAAUAGGAGGAGUGUUAAGGCUAAGAAGGGGACAAAACCACCUUCAUUUAUGGAGAGUUCAACAUUUGUGGAGUUUUCCUCAAAAUAAUUUGUAAUGUCAAGAUUAUUAUUUUGGAUAUUUUUAGUGUAAUUGUAGUACUAUAAUCUGUAAUAGCUUUAUCUCUGUUUUAGAUUGUUCUAUUGAAUGUUGCACAAACUCAUUUUGAGUAUUGUUUACUUGUAAUGUAACAAGUUUUUCUCAUAAUAUUAUUUCUAUGUUUCUUUCUUUAAA